ACAAGUUGGAGCGGCCGAGCCCGUUGUGCAAUCGCCCUUUUUUUUCCCUCCCCCCGGGGCUGCCGCGACUUGGCACCCAGCCCCUCGCCCGGCCCUGCCAAGAUGGGCAAGCCAGGAGGGCCUCCUCGCCGCUUCCAAGGGACAUGAACUUGAUUGACAUACUCUGGAGACAGGACAUCGACCUCGGGGCGGGCCGGGAAGUGUUUGACUUCUGCCAGCGGCAGAAGGAGUAUGAGCUGGAGAAACAGAAGAAAUUGGAAAAGGAAAGGCAAGAGCAGCUGCAGAAAGAGCGGGAGCAGGCCUUGCUAGCCCAGUUCCAGCUGGACGAGGAGACGGGCGAGUUCCUCCCCAUCCAGCCCGCGCGGCCCUCUCAACUUGAAGGCGGGGAUGGGCCCGCGGCCUUCUCCCAGAGCCCCCCAACCCCUAAGCCGGAUGCCUUGACCUUCGAUGACUGCAUGCAGCUCUUGACCGAGACGUUCCCCUUCGUGGACGACAAUGAGGUUGCUCCAGCCACACUUCAAUCUCUCAGUCCACCCCCUGCCGAGAGCAGCCCUGUCUUCGUCCCUCCCAGCCCGACUCCAGCUCCUGCCGAAGCCCCUAUCCUGGAGCCGGCCGCCACGGACUCAGCCGCUAUGCAAGACAUAGAGCAAGUGUGGGAGGAGCUGCUGUCCAUUCCAGAGUUACAGUGUCUUAACAUUCAAAAUGACAAGCAAGCUGAGGCGGCCCCACUGCCGAGUCCCGAACCCAAAUCGGGCGCUGCAGACCGCCCCUAUGGCUUCUACGACGUGCUCUCCCCGCUGGCCUGCACCAUUGAGAAAGAGAUGAGCGACAGCAGCCCCGCCUUCCUUGGCGCUUUUGAGGGCAGUGCCUUUCCCACGCAAGACCUCAGUGUAUCAGGCGCCUGCGCCCAGCCCCCCAGCCCCUCCCUUGGCCCUGACUUCUGUGAGGAUUUCUACACCACAUUUGUGGUGGAGCUGGAGCCGGGGGCAGAGGGGGCGGGGGCUCCGAGCAGGUCGCUCACGGACCUGCUGAACGAGCCUGUGGACCUGGCUGACUUGGCCCUGUGCAAAGCCUUCGCUACCCCCCGGCCCUGUGGCCGGCCCGAAUCCAACGACGCCGACUCAGGCAUCUCCCUCAACACGAGCCCUGCUGCAGCCUCCCCCGAGCCUUUGGCUGACUCCGUCGACGGGGAUGCUGCCCCAGGCUCCAGUGACUCGGAGACGGACGACGUGGACAGCGGCCCGCCCGGUGGCGCCAAGAUCCGGCCGCACGCGGGGGCCGAGGGCGGGAGACAGGCAGACCCACCCAAGAAGGAGGUGCUGGCCGGCCGGGGGCCGCCCCCAGGCACCAGGGACAGGCCCGCGGGCCGGCUGGAGGCGCAUUUCACGCGGGAUGAGCAGAGGGCCAAGGCUCUGCAGAUCCCCUUCCCUGUGGAAAAGAUCAUCAACCUGCCCGUGGAUGACUUCAAUGAGAUGAUGUCCAAGGAGCAGUUCAGCGAAGCCCAGCUGGCGCUCAUCCGUGACAUCCGCCGGAGGGGCAAGAACAAGGUGGCCGCCCAGAACUGCCGUAAACGCAAGCUGGAAAACAUCGUGGAACUGGAGCAGGACCUGGAUCACCUGAAGGACGAGAAGGAGAAGUUGCUCAAGGAGAAGGGAGAGCACGACCUUAGCCUCCGCCUCCUGAAGCAGCAGCUGAGCAGCCUGUACCUGGAGGUCUUCAGCAUGCUGCGUGACCAGGACGGGCAGCCCUACUCGCCGGCCGACUACUCCCUGCAGCAGACGCGCGACGGCCACGUGUUCCUCGUCCCCAAGAGCAAGAAGCCGGGUGGACAACACGGAAACUAGGCCAGGCGAGCGGGAAGGCGUCUUGGUAGGACGGUGCUGCUCCCGCUAUCUCCGCCGGCCGCAGACCAAGUGUUCUUUCGUACUGUUAGACUGAGAGCUCCUACUGUGAUGUGAAAGGCAGAUUAACUCAUGUUUUCUAAGUGAUUCUAUGCAAAUAUACAUAUAUAUAUAUAUGUAUGUGUGUAUGUAUUAUAUAUAUAUAUGCUCAUAUACUCAUAUGAGUAUAUAUAUAUAUAUAUAUCCCAGGCUAGUAUAGAAAAUGCAAACCUAAAGAUAUGAAAGCAUCCAAGUAAUAGAAGGCAUAUGGAAGGAUGCAAAAAUCAGUAGUUACCUUUUUCUAACAGCUGAUGUUUCUUUUCUUAACAGCAUUUUUUGGGCUAGUUCCUGUAAGUGUAAAUAGUACAGAACUUAUUUAUAUACUAUUCCCCCUUUGUUACACCCCUAGAUUUAUAUGAAAAUAUGAUUUGGCUUGCUAAAUCCAAUUUGUUGCAAGACUAACUGCAGAGACUUUUUUUAUAAAUACCAGUCGGAUUGAAAUUGGCUGCCCUUUUUUCUUAAAUUGUUUUGCUUGAGAGUAAAUAUUUUAAUUUAGUAAAAGAGCUGGAAUUAAUAAAAAUAUACAAGAGUUAGAUCUUUGAAAUGAUUUUUUUUUUUUUUGGAGUCACCUACAAGACCUCACACACCGAGUAGAUUUGCUCAAAAGAAUCCCAUUAACAAAAUUUCCAUUCCCUUAUCAGGAUAUUUUCCACUCACAUAUUUUUGUCCCCUCGACAAGGUGGUCUUCGUACGACAAAAUCCCAGGUAGCGCUGCGUGUAUGUUCCAGUGAGACAGCCACCUCUCUGGCCAGUUGUUGAUGGCAAAUGAACUUUGGAUUGAACUCAGGUUUCCACCUUCUCUACCUGCUGGUGGCUGAAAACAUUUUACUCACUUCCACUCGGCUCCCCACGUCCCUUAGGGUUUAUAAUUGUGGGCCGGGCACUCCUGUCACAGUGGAACUGGAGCCGCACACAAACCACUGGAAUCAGUUCUUCCGACCAAAAUGGAAAAUGGUUUGAGCACAAAUAAAAUAUUUUUUUCUA